AUGAGUUUCUUCAAGAAAUUACUCGGCAACAAUGAAGGCCAACAAAAGCAGGGCCAGAAAGCAUCUCAAUUAUCAGCAACAACGCCACCUGGAAUGCAAGCUAUGGGUGCUACGUUGCAACGAAAGUUUGCAAAAGGAGUUCAGUAUAACAUGAAGAUAAUUAUCAGAGGAGACCGUAAUGUUGGCAAAACAUGUCUGUUCCUGAGGCUCCAGGGACAGAAGUUCAAAGAGGAGUACAUCCCCAGUGAUGAAAUACAGGUGACCAGCAUACAGUGGAAUUACAAGGCAACAGAUGAUGUUGUUAAAGUGGAGGUUUGGGAUGUUGUUGAUAAAGGCAAAAAGAAGAAAAAAAUGGAUGGCUUGAAACUGGAUACCACUCCAGACGAGUAUGAAGACCCCUGCCUUGAUGCAGAAUGGGUAGAUGUGUACCAAGGCACACAUGGUGUAAUACUCAUGAUGGAUAUCACUAAAACAUGGACAUUUGAUUACAUUGAGCGGGAGUUUGCCAAGAUUCCCAAUCAGAUCCCAGUACUGUUGCUUGCCAACCACAGAGAUAUGGGCCACCAUAGGACAGUUUCAGAGGACAAAGUCAAGUACUUCAUUGAAGAGAUGCAGAAUCAGCGUCCGGAAGGUUCUGCAGAGAUUCGUUAUGCAGAGGCAUCAAUGAGGAAUGGAUUUGGACUAAAAUAUCUACACAAAUUUUUUAAUCUCCCCUUCCUACAGCUGCAGAGAGAAACCUUACUUAAACAACUAGAACUGAACACUAGAGACUUCACAUCAACCAUAGAGGAACUUAGCCUUCAAGAGGAAUCUGAAGAACAGAAUUAUGACAUAUUUAUUGAAUCAUUGAGUAAUAAGCGCAGAGAGCAGCAAGAGUCCAUGGGGCUUAAGGGUGUGUCAUUAGAUGAAGCUCGCAAGCGGGAACAGGAGCGGGAACAGGCAAGACUAGCCGAGCAACAAAAAAGCGGUAUUCUCCCUGGAGUGUUACCAACAUUUACUGCAAAGACCCCAGAGGCCAACACUCCUGUUACUCCACAUGCUACUAGUAUUGCAGAACCAAAUAAGUUGCCUAAUUCAUCAUCACUGCCAAACCUUGGUGCAACGCCUCCUACUGAGCCACCAAUCACAAAGGCUCAAACACCAUCUGUUGAGAAAGCGCCACCUAUUCCUGAACCUGAGCUGGAAAAACAAGAGAAAAAACAAGGAGGCUUUAUGUCACGAUUGUUCAACAAAAAGGAGAAAACUACAGAAAUCCAGUCGCCCCCAGAUUUGACAUUUUCACGACCAGAGGAUGUUAUAAAGAGUGUAGAUGAGUUUGUGAUUGAUGAGGGAUUGGACUCAAGCUUCCUAGAAGAUACCAAAGUGCCUGUUGAUACUCCUGCCACUCAAUCCAACCUACAUCUCGACUCUGACAGUGAUGACGAUGGUGGUAACCCAAUGGUGGCUGGUUUCCAAGAUGACCUUGACUCUGAUGAUGAAUUGAAUGCAGAAUCACAUGUACAUAUCGCCAGUAAUGAUGUGGAACUCUCCAGUGAUGAGGAAGAAAAUGUGCCAUCUAUUACUCAAGAUGCCGACACCAUUAGCUCUGAUGAGGAUAACCCAAUUACAAUAAAACAAAUUGAAACAAGUCCUGUGAUUACUUCUGACUCUGAUAAUGAAACCCCGGAGGUUAACAUCAAACCCAAAGAGGAUGCUCAAAUUACAGCCAUUGAUUGGUCAAAAGGUGCAAAUAAAACUCAAGACUCAACAUCGAAACAUAUGAACACAAUUGAAAUGUUAGAAAGUCAAGUUACAUCCACUCCAUCUAGUUCAAUAACCCCUGUAGCACAAGUGCUGACCUCUAGUGAUGAUGAGGAAAACAAUGUUGAAAGUUACACCAGUUCAGAGAAAACCGAAAGCUCAGUAAUAAACAGUGAAAAUAUAGACUCUAAACCUGCUGAAAGCAAGUGUGAUAUACCUGAUCAAAAAACAGAUAAAAAAGAAAUGUCCAAAUCUAAAAGUAAAGGUGGGAAAAGUGUGAAUGCAUCCAAAAAAGCGGGUAAAGCUACGAGUAACAGCUUGGAAAGCAGUGAGGAAGACUUUGAGGCAAAAUACCAUGUGGCAAUUAUUGGAGACCUAGAUUUGUCAGAUGACGAUGAAGAUCUCUACCCAGAUAAGAAUGCAGCCAGAAAGGAAGCAUUUGAAGCUAAAGAGAAAGAGGCUAAAGAGCGGCAGGAGGCAGAGGAGGAGGAGGAGGAAAAUGAGAAAGACGAUUCUUCAGAGCAUCCUCCAGUAAACACUCUUCAAUUUGAAGACUUCGACUUCCUAGAGAAGCAAGCAGGCUUAACAGGAGGACCAUCAUUAGUUCCUGCCAAGGUUGAUUCUGGUUCAGAUGACUCGGCCCCUACCAUCACCAUUGUAAAGAAAAAGAAAAAGCACAAAGAAAAAGACAGAGAGAGGGAUGAGGAAAAGACCCAUAAGAAAAAGAAGAAGCACAAAGAACGAGAUCAAGAAAAUGGAGAAGAAAAACCACGACGAAAAAAGGAGAAAGUAAAAGAUGGCGAUGGAGAUGGGAAAGAAAAGAAGAAAAAGAAGAAAAAAGCUAGUCAAGAAAAAGAAAUGGAUGAUUUUGAACAAUUUUUAGCUGGAACUGGUGCAUAUGAAGCUUUGUGA